GGAGUUGGAUUUUAUUCUGUAGUAACUGAUACCCACAUACAAAAGAAUAAAAUUGGCCAGGCGUGGUAGCUUAUCCUUGUAAUCCCAGUACUUUGAGAGAUUGAGGAGGCAGGUCACUUGAGCCCAGGAGUUGGAGACCAACCUGGGCAACACUGUGAGACCCCAUCUCUACAAAAAAUACAAAAAUUAGCCUGGCAUGAUGGUGUGCACCUCUGGUCUCCCAAAGCGCUGGGAUUACAGGUGUGAGCCACCACACCCAGCCGAAAAAACAGAAGAAUUUUUAAGCCUUCUAAUAUUUGGAUAUAGUUUUCCAUGUUCCCAUAGUUUAUUUUAUAGACCUGAUGGUUUAGAAGCAUUUCACUUUCUGCUUUGCUAGCCACGUGGUUAUACUUUAAUUUUAAGUGCAUUUGUGUGCUUUUCCUGAAGCAUUUUCACCUAGGCCAUCUCACUUAGUUUGAACAAGAGCAGUGCUUCGCACGCGGCUGCUUGCUGAGCAGAGUCCAGCGAACCGAAUUGGGCAAUAUGAGACUGAAUCUUUCCAUUCCAGGGCCUUCAGAUCCCAGCUGUCACCAGCCUGCUGUGUGACGUCACUGAAAGCCUCUGUGCUCUAGUUUCCUCACUGAUAAAGGAGGGAUACUAAUGGUACCCGCUUUCUAGUGCUGUGAGAGUUAAGAGACAAUAGACAGAAAUGUCAAACAAGUAGAACUGUGCCUGGCACACGAGUGCUUGGUAAAUGUCAGCUAUUCAUAACAGAGGAAAAAACCUGAUGAAAAUAAAUCACUUUUGGAUAAGGAUUUUAAUAUUCUUACAGACACUCCCCAUCCAGCUCUUAGCUCAAUGGAUCAGGUUAUCUGCAAGGACAGCAGCCUCUUGCUGGGUGCCCCAUGGAAACAGCGAUCUUCCCUCCUCUCUUACCUUCUCAAGGGUGGCCCUUUUCCAUCACCAAGGCUGCACUCAUGCAGAGAGGAAGCCUUCCACCCCGACCUGAUCAGGCUGAUUAACUUCAACUCCCAGGGGAAAAGACUCUUGAGAACACAUUUUAACCUUGGGUUCUCACCUAGAGUUCUGCAUGAUUUUCCAUUUCCUUAACUAAUGAAUGCAUCUAGCAGACUCAGUCCCUAAAAAAGGCACAUUUGAAUGAUAACAGCCAGAGCCUGGUGGCUGAGCUGGGCUGCCGCCUGCUGAGCACCUCCUUUAGAAAGGCCUGCACUUGAGCGUUAGUUACCCUGUGGAGGGACAGGAGGCGGCCGGCUGUUUCACUUCCCUCUGCUGGGAGUGGCCCUGCGUGAUGGGGUGCAUAUCCACUUCAUUUAUUUUUUAAUCUGUGGGAGACAGAUUAUCAAUUUACUUAAAGUUUGAAUGUCUGUAAGGACAAAAUUUAAAGCUAGGGCUCUGAAGAUCUCUAGCAGGGAUGUAUCUGUCAUCUACCUAUCCCUCCAUCUCAGCCUGUUAACUGCGUGUCAUCAUGGGUUAAAUUAAUUACUAAGAGAUCACGGAGUCCAUUUUAUAGCUCAAAUGAGCAUUUUUCAUUUCCUGUAGUAAACAUGACUUAAGUAAACAAAGAGUUUCUCUAACAAGGAUGGCUUACAAGUAGAAGUGGCUAAAUUUUCACUUUUAUAAAUUUUGCUGCUUUUUAUUAACUAUCAAUAAACCUAGAAAGAUGAUCUUACAAGUAAACAACAGAUUUUGCAUACUUUAACCUUAAAGAUAUCUCUGCCUCAACUCUUUGUUCACAGCUCUCUGACACUGGAAUAUUAAUAGUUGAUAAUCUUUCCCUUUAAUUUUUCACUGAUAAUAUCAGUUCCUAACCCAGGUUUUUGGAUCUCACAAGGGUUCUUAUUAUACAGUUGUCACAUACAUUUCUUUAAGAAGUUCAACCUAAGAAGAAAUCAAGAAUUGUCUUUUCUGGUUCAUACAUUAACUCCUAUAGGGUUGUCCACUACUAAAGCAACAGAAAGUGCUGCCUUCUUUUUCUGGAAGCUGCUGUUCUUACAAGAGAGCAAUUUAGGAGCAGGAAUUGUGCUUUAUUAACAUCAAAGCACUGGCACAGGAAGUUUGCACACUCAGCUCUGGGAGCUUUUUGAUGCUUUCUGCCUGCUUUGGGAAAUUAGCUCUUUGUUUCAUUAUCAGUUAUCUGGAUGCAAACUGAAAGGAAAAAUAUUGAUUUUUUUUUUUUUAAAUAAAUUGUACCAGGAUGCUGGGUCUGCGGCCCUAGUGGCUGUUCUUUCCUGUGCUUGGGAUGUUGGCCUUGUAGAGUUACUUCUGUAAUCUCAAGACAGAAACUGACAGCUUUGUUUGAUCAAAAUUGUUACUUCACCUUGCACAUUUUCAAGAGUUCUGCAGGUUUAAUGAACACAGAAAUCUGGGGGAACUUUCACUCUCCAGGGCUCCUUCAUAGAGGUUCUCAAAUACUCCAUCAGCAGAGGGGAGCCCCAGAUGGCAAAAGGACACAGGAUGUGUCAUCUUUCAAAUGAACCAAUAAUCCAUUCUUUGAUUCUUCUACCUUUGUCAAAAUUCCUCCAGCAACGCCUGCAGAAAAUCACAAUUCUUGAUACAUAGCUUGUUCCAAUAAAGCACCACAGCAUUUCUAGUGACUGCAGACCCAGCUGUCAAACUCUUUCAACUUGAUAGAGAAUAUGUACACAAAACCUAUAGCUGUCAUCAUACUUAGUAGUGAAAAACAGAAUGUUUUCCAGCCGACACUGGGGACAAGGUAACAGUGUCAGUUCCUGCCGCUCUUAUUCAACACAGAAAUUUUAGUCAUCAUACUAAGACACACAAAAAAAGGAAUAAAAAGCCACGCAGACUGGAAAGGUAGAAAUAAAACUCUCCAUAUUUGCAGAUGACAUGAUUAUCUACAUAGAAAAUGCCAAGUAAUACACAAAUAACCUCUUAAAAUUAAUAGGUGAGUGUGCCAAGGUCACAGGAUAUGAGAUCAACAUGAGAAACACAAUCACAUUUCUGUAUGCUAACAACAAACAUGUAAAAACUGAAAUAAAAAUAAUAACAGUUUAAAUCUCUCGAAAGCAAAGGAAAUAUUUAAGUAUAAACCUAACAAAACAUGCAUAGGAUCUGAUGUUGAAAAAAAUCACACAAUUCUGAUGAAAGAAGUGAAAAAAAAACUAUUUAAAUAGACAGACAUACCAUGUUCGUGGGUUGGAAGAUUCAACAUAAUAAGGAUACAAUUCUCAAUUUGAUCCAUAGGUUGAUUGCAAUUCCUCUCGAAAUACCAACACGGCUUUUUGUAGAAACAGACAAGUUUAUUCUAAAUUUUAUGUGGGAAGGCACAAGCCCUAGAAUACUUUAAACUUGACAAAGAAGAAUAAAGUGUGUGGCUGUAAAACCAAAAUGUACAAAAUUAUUAACAGUUCAUUGCUUGCAGUCGAAAAAAUGAGGAAAAGAUGGACGAUCUAGGAAACUUUCAGGGAGCUAAGGUGUCGGAGAGCAAAGUAUCCUUGUAAGGAAUGAGACAAGAUAAACUCCCUCCCCCACACACAAUAUUUUCAGAGAACUACAUUCUUGGUUUCAAGCUGAUGUCAUAGGCUGUGUUCUUUGCAAUGGAAGAAGCAAAGACUUCAAAGGGAGAAAUCGGAAGGUUUCUUUUUUCAUCGUAGGGACUUCACAUCAGCGUUUCCAAAACCGAGUUCAUCGCCGUUUCCCUCUACGCAGCCUCUAUCGCUUCCUGUGUUUCCCAUCUCAGUAAACGUCCCCGCCAAGUUACUUCAGGCCUGAAGCAUGCGGCCUCCGGGACUCCUCUCUGUGUCACCGACCUCCUGCGCGCAGUUCUCCGGAGCUGCCGGUUUAACCUCCCGAGUCUUCCCGGAACCCGUGCCCUCCUCCUGGGCGGCGUUACCCCCAUGAGCGCCUACCUGAGAGGACGUCUGUUCUCAUCCAGCCUCCACCCUGCAGCCGAGUAAUCUCCGUAAAACGAACACCUGGCUUAGCUUCCGCUGGAAACCGUUGAAUAGUCCCCACUGUUUUCUGGAAGGGUCUGGGCAGCUCGGCGUUGCGUCCACGGCCCCACCAGGCCUCUGCCUCCUGCAGGUCCCGCUACUUAGUCACCAAAGCACCCGCCGCGCUCGCACCUGCUGUGAAGCUGUGCUCGGGCCGCUCCCGCCGAGGGAACGGCCUUCCCAAGGCUCUGCGCUCCCAUUCUCACUCGUUUACCAAGAGGUAGCCGUGUCGGGGAGCUAGAAUUCUCCAGGGAGUCUCUCCUGCACUUCGUGGCCCUCUGUGGAAUCCUCGUUUUAGGAUCUGCACGCCGUUUCCAGUCGUGCGCGCGGCACGGACACCGCCUGCUCUGCCCCGCGCUGGGCUCUCUCCGCCUCUCUCCCACGCGCAGGCCUUCCUGUGCCAGCUGGCUGUCGACCCACGUUAGGAAGCCCGAGGUCGGGGCGUUACCCCAAGGGCCCUCCCUCUUUCCCUCCGAGGGCAGAGAGACGUCCGCGCCCGGACGGACUGCGGGAACACCUGGGGCGCCGGCGGAGCUCGGCUGUCCUCGCGGUAGGGAGCCCGACGCGCAUCCUUGGGACCCGGACCCGGCGCCCGCGCCUCGGAACGGAUUUCUGCCUCGGCUGCACGCGCAGCGCGCCGACCUGAGCCUGCCCCGCGGAACUGGGGCUCGAGUCCCGGCCCGAGCGCGGCGUCGGGGCCAGCGGAGAGGGGCGGAAGCCGCAAGGGACCCUCGACGCCUCGGCCUCGCCGCGAUGAAGUCCUCGCCCCUCCUCAGCCCGUGUCUCUCCUGGAAGAGAAUGGCGGGCAUCUUUUUCCUGCCAUUCAUCUCAUCAGGUUUUGCUCCUCGGUUUAAGCAGGAAGAGAACUUCAUGCUUGGAAGAGCGCAUCCGUCCCAGCCUAGGGUUUCAGCCGUCCCUCCGAGCCCUCUCCCGAAUCCUCUCUCCCUUUCCACUUUCUUUCCCUCGCCCGCCCCCUCCAGGUUUAAUUGGUCUCAUCUGACCCCUCUGGAGCUGAAGAAUCGAUCUGUGGGACUUGGAACUGAAAGCCCAGGUCGGGGUAAGCCCCACUUCACACUGGAGGGCCACAAGUUCCUGAUCUUCGGGGGCUCCAUCCACUGUUUCCGGGUGCCCAGGGAGUACUGGAGGGACCGCCUGCUGAAGCUGAAGGCCUGUGGCUUCAAUACUGUCACCACCUAUGUUCCAUGGAACCUGCAUGAGCCAGAAAGAGGCAAAUUUGACUUCUCUGGGAACCUGGACCUGGAGGCCUUCGUCCUGAUGGGCACAGAGAUCGGGCUGUGGGUGAUUCUGCGUCCAGGCCCCUACAUCUGCAGUGAGAUGGACCUCGGGGGCUUGCCCAGCUCGAGAUGGGAUAAAAAUCUAGAUUAUGGCCUGGCAUGGUGGCUCACGGAUGUAAUCUCAGCACUUUGGGAGCCAAAGUGGGAGGACUGCUUGAGCCCGGGAGUACAAGACCAGCCUGAGCAACAUAGUGAGACCACAGCUCUACAAAAAAUACAAAAAUUCGAGAGCGUGUACCGCCAGGGAGGCCCUGUCAUCGCGGUGCAAGUGGAGAAUGAAUAUGGCUCAUUCAAAAAGGAUAAAACAUACAUGCUGUAUCUCCACAAGGCCCUGCUGAGAAGAGGGAUUGUGGAGCUUCUCUUGACCUCUGAUGGUGAGAAACAUGUGCUGAGCGGCCACACCAAAGGAGUGUUGGCCGCCAUCAAUUUGCAAAAACUUCACCAGGAUACUUUCAAUCAGCUUCAUAAAGUCCAGAGAGAUAAGCCCCUUCUGAUUAUGGAAUACUGGGUCGGCUGGUUCGACAGAUGGGGAGAUAAGCACCAUGUUAAAGAUGCAAAGGAGGUUGAACAUGCUGUGUCUGAAUUCAUCAAAUAUGAGAUCUCCUUCAAUGUAUAUAUGUUCCAUGGUGGAACCAACUUUGGUUUCAUGAAUGGGGCCACAUAUUUCGGGAAGCACUCGGGCAUUGUCACCAGCUAUGACUAUGAUGCAGUGCUCACGGAGGCUGGAGAUUACACAGAAAAAUAUCUCAAGCUUCAAAAACUCUUUCAAUCUGUCUCAGCAACUCCCCUGCCCCGAGUACCCAAACUUCCUCCCAAGGCUGUGUAUCCCCCGGUGAGACCGUCGCUGUACCUCCCACUGUGGGACGCCCUAUUCUACUUAAAUGAGCCAGUCAGGUCGCGUCAGCCCGUCAACAUGGAGAACCUUCCCAUAAACAAUGGGAGCGGCCAGUCCUACGGGCUUGUCCUGUAUGAGAAGUCCAUCUGCUCCGGAGGCCGCCUCCGUGCCCACGCUCAUGACAUGGCACAGGUGUUUUUGGAUGAGACAAUGAUAGGGAUUCUGAAUGAGAAUAAUAAGGACCUGCACAUUCCUGAACUCAGGGACUGCCGAUACCUGAGGAUCCUGGUGGAGAAUCAAGGACGAGUCAAUUUUUCAUGGCAAAUACAGAAUGAGCAGAAAGGAAUAACUGGAUCUGUCAGCAUCAAUAACUCUUCCCUGGAGGGCUUUACCAUCUAUUCCCUGGAGAUGAAAAUGAGCUUCUUUGAGAGGCUCCGCUCUGCCACCUGGAAGCCUGUCCCAGACAGCCACCAGGGCCCGGCCUUCUACCGUGGGACCUUGAAGGCUGGCCCUUCUCCCAAGGACACCUUCCUGAGCCUGCUGAACUGGAAUUAUGGAUUCGUUUUCGUCAAUGGACGUAACCUUGGGCGAUGUUGGAAUAUGGGGCCUCAGAAAACACUGUACCUUCCUGGAGUUUGGCUUCAUCCAGAAGACAAUGAGGUCAUCUUGUUUGAGAAGAUGAUGAGUGGCCCAGACAUCAAAUCUACAGACAAGCCCACGCUGUAAAACUGUGUCUGAACUUUUUUUUUUUUUUGAGACGGAGUCUCACUUUGUCACCCAGGCUGGAGUGCAGUGGCACGAUCUCUGCUCACUGCAAGCUCAGCCUCUCGGGUUCACGCCAUUCUCCUGCCUCAGCCUCCCCAGCAGCUGGGACUACAGGAGCACACCACCACGCCUGGCUAAUUUUUUGUAUUUUUAGUAGAGAUGGGGUUUCACCAAGUUAGCCAAUCUCCUCACCUUGUGAUCCGCUCGCCUCAGCCUCCCAAAGUGCUGGGAUUACAGGCGUGAGCCACCACGCCCGGCCGUGAACAUAUUUUUUGGGUUGCUGGAGUUCAUCUAUAAGUCAUUUUUGAGGAAUAAGAUUUAUGUUAAGACUAUCAAACACAGUGUUGCCUACAAUAGCAAAAAUGUGAAAAUAACAACAACAAAACAGCAGAGGAAUUGUUAUGUAUUUUGUAGUCUAUCUAUAUGAUGCCUAUUUUUAGGCUUUAAAAAGUCUUCAAAAUCUUUAAUGACUGAUUUAUCUAGUUAAAUGCUUAAUCCUUAGCAGGCUCUUAUUCUUUAAUUAAACAUGCCUUUAAGUAGAUGUGAAUAAAAUAAAAACAAGUUUCA